GUGGGCGGAGGAAAGGAUUUGGUUGAUAGCAAUCAAAACACUUAUGGCGGCAAAUAUGUUAUUAAUCCGAGCGGAGGUUUGUUGAGUAAAGGACAUCCAUUAGGCGCAACUGGUUUAGCUCAAUGUGCGGAACUGAAUUGGCAGUUGAGGGGUAUGGCUGGUCCGAGACAAGUGCCCGGAGCUAAGUACGUCCUGCAGCAUAACAUAGGACUGGGAGGGGCUGUGGUGGUCGCCAUAUAUACUCUUGGUUUCCCAAACCCUUCGCAAAUUGUUUCAAAACUUUAAUUAGGAUUUGAGUUCAUAUUUUCAUUUCUAUACGAAUUGGUUGAGAUAUGCGGAAAACGACGCG